CAAAUUAUGACAAAUAAACUUUUAAAAGUUUUUCUUUUCACAAUACUUUUUACGUCAGUAGUAUUAAACGGAACAGCCAUUUACAUUCUCCUGUUUAAAGUGAAAAAGAAAGAAAUAACACACUUGUUUAUUACUAGCAUCUCGCUAGUAAACUUGCUGGAGUCAUUGGUUGAAUUUAUUCCUUUAUUACUAUUGGUAUAUUCUGACGCUUCUUUAAUAGAAAGAACUUCAUUGUGUAUUGCAAGCAGUUUUGUAGUUUUUGGGUUUGCUAUGUCAAGUAUAACUCAACAGUCAAUGCUUUCUUUAAUCAAAAUAAUCGUUAUAAAAUACCCAAUUUUUUAUCACAAAACCUUCAAGAAGAUGUGGAUUAAGGCAGCUUUAAUAACAAUUUGUUAUUUGUACGGUUUUUGCUGGGCAACGUUUCCUUUAAUUGGUUGGUCAAAAUAUCAACUAGAUAUUGAUAAAAUGAGAUGUUCAUUAGAUUGGAAUUUGACACACCCAGGCUCAUUUUUUUACUUUUUAACGAUUACAAUAUUUUGUUAUUUAUUACCUGUAAUAGUCAUAUCGUCUACGUUUUACACCGGCAAUAAAAUUAUUUAUGGAAGAAAAGUAUCAAUAGCACGUCAAAAUAAAAACAACCAAUAUAUUAAUAUAUUAGAAAAAGAUUAUUUAAAAGUAAGCUUUUUAUCAGUAACAACAUUUUUGAUCAUUUGGACACCCUAUUUAGUAACUGGAAUUUUAGCAACAUUGAAGAUUGUUAUUCCAAAACAAUUGGUGACAACUGCAGCAAUGUUUUCAAAACUAUCCACAAUUACAAAUACUCUUAUUAAUUGUUUUAUUAUUAAAUCAUUUAGAAACCAUAUUCUCGACUUAAAAAUAGUUCAAUGUAUUCGAAAUAAAAAAAAUGCCGCUAAAAUAAAACCUCAACCCUACUAUAUUAAUUGCAAUUAUUUGCGUCAAACAUAAUAACGACAUACUUACCAAUUUGUAUAUUUACUUUUUAGAAGGAAAAGA